CAUGGCUGCCGCCAAUAGUUCGAGUAAGCACCUUUCCUUCCAUGCUUUAAAGUUCUUUAUCCCUUAGCCGCGGCCUGUGUUGCCCUACUCCUCACAUGCAAAGCAACCCUAAGCAUAUUCACAAGAAACACCAAUACUCGCGUGGUCUCCCGCUUUCGCAAGGGUUUCCCGGCUGAUAAAGACGUGAACUUAAGCGAUGCUACAUAUUCCUUCCACCAAAGACUAUCUUAUCUUCCUACUAAUUGAUUGAUGUUCCAUUGUAGUGCCCAACUACCCGCCUCCCUAUACCAACUCGCCAUAUGGCGCUGGUAUUCCCAGCUCUGUCGCGCCGCAAAUGAAUAUCCCCCAAAACUAUGCGAUGGGGGGCGGCAUGCCUAUGUCUAGCUAUCCAAUGCAUGCUGGGAUGAAUCCGCAACAGCAACAGAUGAUUCAACGCAUGCAACCGCCUCAGCCAAACACACAGGGCAUGUCGACUCCUACUCCCCAACGAUCCUUUCAAGGUCAACCUCCCCAGAAUGGACCGGCUCCGAAUAGCACGCCAACACCACAGCCACAUCCGUUAUCCACGCCGCAAAAUACGCAUGCUACACCCCGUGGCCAGACACCAAACAGUGCUCAACCUCAGCCGCAACAGCAACAGCCUCAACAUCAGCCGCCGACCAAUAACAUACAGACACCACAAACCCCAACAUUUCCAACGUCGGUUCAGAGUAACGGCCCCAACAUCUCCUCCAGCUCUACGCCUUUAAGUCCUAGCGUGGACUCAAGAGACAAAGAAAGGGUUGGCGUGAUCCUAGAAAUAAAUAAUGAGCUGUUACUAGAAGCCAUGCAAAUCCAACAUACGCAGCAAGUUCUAAAAAAGGAACGCGCGUCUUCCAAUGGCACUGAGGGUGCUGCGAACGAACCUGACAAGAAAUCUACAGAAGAAGAAGAUAUAUUAGCACAGGACUAUUUACAUUGUAUGCGCAGACUCCAAACCAACUUGACAUAUCUGGCGGCACUAGCCGACAAGAAAGGCAAUGUUCCGGUCCCGCCGUCUCCUACUUAUAUGAAGGCACCGCCAUUGAAUUAUAACAUCAAACUUAGGAUGGUAGUAAGCCCAGAUGGAUCAGAAAGCCAGGAGGCCCCAGAUCGGGGCGAGACGGUCAAAUAUAUCCUAGAUUUAUACAAGAAGCUCCAUGCUCUUUAUCCAGGCAUUGAUCCGAACAAGGAACCACUGAUUCCAGCUACUCAUGCGCGACAAGGCGGGCAACCGAUGAACGCAGCAAAACCUGGAGCUCAAGCACUUGGUUACCUUAGCCCUGUUCCUGGGAAACAGAAGACACCAAAGAUGUUGACUGCAGCGCCACCAUCUUCGGCAACGAACAUCACGACAGGACCAUGAGAGAACAUAGCGGUAUGAGAAAGAAAGGAACCUGCGGAAUUUAUGAUCAAAUGUUGAGUAUAGGGUUGGCACCGGUGAGCAUUUGAUAUAUACACGUUCAGCAUUUUUAGUUUGGGAUGGAUUGGCUACCUUAUGGUUGUUUAUGAUGUUACCUUGUACUUUGUAUAGAGAAUACCCCGCUAAGGUUGAUCGUGUGUGGUGACAAAAUUGUGUAAUUUGUAUAUUAUCAAUGGCUACGGGUAAGUAAAGUUGAAAUCUUUCUCUCUCUCUCUCUCUCUCUAUAUAUAUAUAUACAUAUACAUAUAAUGAGGUGUGUGUUAUGAUGUUGUGUUAA